AUGAUUAUUUUUGUCAUUUUAGUUUUCCUGCUUCUAUUAAGUUUAGGUUUGAUAUAUUGGGCAUGCUACAACUAAUCAAAUAAUUACGGUGCUUAAGAAAAAUCUCAGAAGAUAGAAGAGGAAACAUGUUAAUUGAUAGAGAAAACUAAAUUGAAUCAUGAUACCUAUAAGCUUAAAUUUGCUUUCCCGUCUAAAAUGAAUGAUAAAGCAAUCAAAGUAGGAUAGUAUAUUACUUUACAGUAAAACAUUUAAAUACUUAGUCAUCCAAAUGAAGAUAAGUUGAAUAAUAAAUACUUUCCAAUCAACAUAAUUGAACAGAAAGGCAAGUUCGAAAUAUUGGUUAAGGUCUGGACUGAAUUUGAGAUAGAUAGCCAAAAUUAAAGUAAAACUGAGUAAGAUAACCAAAAUGAGAGUAAAAAUGAAUAAGAUAACCAAAUUGAGAAAGAUAACUAAAAUAGAAGUAAUUUCAAUUCUUGGAUUGAGAAAAUGAUUGUAACAAAUAUUUAAUUUUUAAGCCUGGAGAUUCUGCUUUAAUAAAAAUUCCUUUCGGUUCCUUUUUCUAUUUUGGCUAUGGAAGAACUUUGAUAAUUUAAGUACCAUUGAGAAGAAUGGCGUAGUACAAAAGAAUAGUGAUGAUUGCUUAUGGAUAAGGAAUAACCCCAAUGUACUAAAUUAUUUAAGCUGUGGCAAAUAGAAGUAGUGAUAAAACAAAAUUGCAAUUGCUUUAUGCAAAUAAAACUUAAGUAAUAUGUAAUAUUCUAUCACUUAGCAAGAUAUAUUAUUAUACAACGAAUUGAAGGCUUUUGAAGCUUCAAAAAAAUUAACAUUGCACCUCACUUUGGACAAGGUUAAGUUUUUAUUUGAUAUUAUUAUUAGCCUCACGCUUCAUGGAUGCAUUCCUCUGGAUUUGUUACAAGUUCUAUGAUUUAGAACGCUUUUGGAACCAUUGAUAAGUACACCUUGGCCUUAGUCUGUGGUCCUCCUAAGAUGCGAUAGUUGAUUGGAUAGAUUUUUCACGAGUUGAAUGUGGACAGCAAAAAUUUUUACAUGUUCACUUGAGAGAAAGAAGCGAGA